UCGGCUCGCUCAGUUCUUUCUUUCCCUCCGCUUCCGGAUUCUGCUUCCCACUGACCCCAAUGCAGAACAAGAAGAGCUUUACUCUGUUACAAACAGUUGCGACCGCCGCCGUUUUUUCUGCUGUUUCCGGCUGGUAUGGAUUUAUGUUCGGAAGAGAGUCAGCUCGAAAGGAACUCAACGAUUUGAUUGAAGGCCUCCGACGCUCCAACUCCGAACAUCCCUCUUCUCCUCCUCCGGCGGAUUCCUAAUAUCCGGUGUUAAAAGACGGUAGUCUUACUCGAACUUGCAACAAAGUCAUGGGUCGAAAUGUCCUUCUUGGAUUGGAGUAGAGUCCAUGCUGAAGGUAUUUGGACCUCAAUCAAAAGCUCUCAAUGUAUGCUUCCUGGGCUGGCAAGUUAGUUUUGGACGAGGAGCAAACUUUUGCUGCAUAUAAUUGCUGUAUGUUUGGCAUAUAGGUUGACAUUUUGGUAUGUUAAACUGAUUGUGAUGUACUUUUCUGGAAGAAAAGUAUUGUAAUAACUUGUAAGCGUUUCUACAGGCGUGAUUUUCCAGUAUGGGAUGAUAAUGUAUUAAUUUAGUUUUUUGGUA